AUGAUCAAGGAGAGUCUUAGAAUCUGGCAUAAGAAUCACACUCAAAAUCUCGGAGGCAAAAUCAAAGAAGCCAAGGAAGAUCUUAACAAGCUGGAACUAAAAGAAGAAACUGUAGGUUUGUCGGAGGAAGAAAUAGCAACAAAAAGAAAAAGAUGGGAUCAACUCUUCAAAUUAUCAAAUCUAAAUUGCAGCAUUCAAUGGCAAAAAUCCAGAGCUAGAUGGUUGAAGGAAGGUGAUGCAAACACUAGGUACUUUCAUGGCUGCAUAAACAAGAGACGGCGAGAGAACCAAAUUCUAAGUUUGGAGCAUAAUGGCAGAAUGCUGAGCGACGUGGACGAAAUAAAAAAUGCAAUAGCCAAUCACUUUAAACAUCAUUUUUCUGCUAGGGGUGUGCGACCUUUGCCUUGCAAAGUGAACUUCAAAAGAAUCAACAGUAUGAACAAUGAGGAGCUAAUCAAGGAAUUUUCGGAGGAGGAAAUCCGCAAGGCUGUUUGGGAAUGCGAAAACUCAAAAAGUCCAGGGCCGAACGACGUGAAUUUUGGCUUUAUAAAAAAAAUUGGGAGGAUAUCAAAAAUGACUUCUUACGUGUUUUAG